AUCGCGGGGACAGCAGCCAUGAAGCAGUCCCUCCGCUCGGAGCCUCAGUAACAGUGAUGAUGAGACACUUUGUUCGGCAGCUUCUUCAUGUCGCUGCAGAACAACACCAGGCUCAUUCAAUCCGCUGCUACAUGAGCUAAUAGGUUUGAAUAAUCCGGAACAAGAGGAUCGGUGGCUUCAUUUUGUUUUCCCGUUUCAAGCUGCGGAGCCAAACACAGAGAGUGUUGCUGCAGAUGGAGGAGUUCGCAAGCCGUGCUCUGGGACGGGUAACCGUGUACUCCAUCCAGGGCUGCCCACACUGUGUGCAGGCUAAGGCCACCCUCGGGCGCUUGGAGGUGCCAGUAUGUGACGUGGACUUGGGGAGGCAUCCAGAGCUGAGAGCAGCAGUGAAGGAGCUGACAGGACGCAGCACAGUCCCUCAGAUCUUCUUCAACAAUGUUCAUGUUGGCGGCAACGAUGACCUGCAGAAAUUGGCUCCCGAGGAGCUUCAGAGAUUGGUGAGUCUGGUCAAAGAGGAGCCUCUUCCAGCAGAUGCUCCACCUGUGCCAGAGAAGAGCCAAUCAGAGGACACAGGUGGAGAGAGCGAUAGAGAGUUUAUGUGUGAGAAAGAUGAGUUGGCCGACCUGGUAGAGGACCUCAAACAUGGCAGUGUUAUUGGCAGUCAAAGGAGGGGGCUGUCUGUUUACAAAAAGAGCUUCUCGGGCGAUCAGCUGGUAAACUGGCUGCAGAAAGAGAAGGGCAUGGCCAGGGCUGAGGCCUGUAGCACUGGACAGGCAUUGUUGCAGAAGAAGUACAUGGUCAGUGUGCGUGGCUGUGGGCAGCAGGAUGGCAGUUUUGGAGAAGGGGAAAACGCCAAUGAAGCACUGUACAGGCUCCUGGAGGAUGACCCUCAUUCAGCCCUCAACGCAGGACAGACUGCAGGCUGCAGUGUCAUACCGGCUGCAGAGCUCUCUCUGCUUCUGCGGGAGAUGAUUCUGAAACUGUUCUCUGAGCAUCUCUCUGCCGACGGCAAGUCUGUGGACUACAAAGGUAUGUCGGUGAACCCUGCGUUUGAGCGUUACUCUGAGCUGGCCAUUCAGCUGCAGAGGGUGGAGCUGCUGUCACUGAGCCGGGAGGAGAAGCUGGCCUUCUUCAUCAACACCUACAAUGCGCUCGUCAUCCAUGGGUUCCUACGCCUGGGGCCCCCCACCAACAUAUGGUCAAGAUACAGAUUCUUCAACUACGUGAGCUACCUGAUUGGAGGAGAAGUGUUCACAUUGCAGGACAUCGAGAACGGCGUGCUGAGAGGGAACAAAAAGGGUCUGGCACAGUUUCGAAGGCCCUUCUCCAACACGGACCCAAGGCUUCAAGUGGCUCUCCCAAAUGCUGAGCCCCUCAUUCACUUUGCCUUGAACUGUGGUGCAAAGGGCUGCCCGCCUAUUAAAACAUACACUCCACAGGACAUCGACAGUCAGCUCCGCACAGCAGCUGAAGCCUUUCUGGAGAACGACGAUGGCUGUGUGGUGGAUUCUGGGAAAAGAGAAGUGCGACUCAGUCAGAUAUUCAAGUGGUACAAGGCCGACUUUGGAGGCACCGAUGAGAACCUGCUGAAGUGGGUGCUGGAGCACAUGGGCGACUCUCCUAAGAAGACCAGCCUGCAGGGCAUCAUUUCUGCAGGCAAAACCAAGGUCACCUUCCUCCCUUAUGACUGGAGCUCCAACGGCACCCACUGAGCAUCUCACUCACAAACACACAACCCACCCAGCUAUACACUAUGUCCCUUUGCAUCUGUCUACUUUCUCCUGAGCUGCAUCUCAUUAAACAUCAUGCAAAUAUUCUUAUGCAAAACAAACUGUAAAAUCCAAAGGGACGCAUCUGCACUGAACUCCAGAAUUGUAUUUGUCUCGUACGUAUAUGUUUUUGUUUCAGGUAAUGCCAAAAACAACAGGAUGCCCAGCAAGCCUAUUUUAGAAAGCGAGACGCUCAACAUUUUCUACUGCAGCGGCAUAUUUAAUAUAAUGAAAUGCACUUCGAAUGAGUCAUUAACUUUUCAUAUUGAUAAAACUAAUGUUAAAUUAUAAACCCUAAAAAACAACACAUACACACGAUUAAAUGAUCGCAGAGAAUUCUACUGUAUUAUGAAAACCUCAAUCAUCAAUAUGGUUUUCAUGGUUUCCAGUCCCAGUCUUUAAACAUCACGUCAGCAACUCAGGACCCAUAGAUGAUCAUGAUCUUCUCAGUCCAGUUCAACACAUAUUUUAUGCUACUUCACAUGGAGAUGAUAACUUUACUGAUCCAAACACUCUGCCUUGAUAAGCCAUAUCAAAACACUUUGAAGAAACCCACUCAUUCAAAUGUAGUGGUCUGCAGAUUGUCCACAGAGCUGGUCCAGCAGCAUCUUCAGUGGUGACAUCUCUGCCUUUGUGGACUGGAUCCAGGCCCUGAAUUAAAAUACUGUGUCCGAGUUUUAAGAGACACAGAAAGAUGCACUGCUCAGACUUUUGUAUGGCCUGGAUCUGUUUUUAUCCUUAACCCCUGCUGGCAUUUUGGUUCUCUCUUUUACAUCAUAGUCCACCCUCCCUUUCUAAUCCAGGUCUUCCAUUUGAAACACAGCUGUGUUUUUUAGCACAGGUAUUUAUGAAGAAAUCUAAUAAUAUGGUGAAUAACAUAUGCCCAAGCUGCACCCAUUCAGGAUGCACUAACAAUCUACAUGUUUAUUAUCAACUCAGCUGUUUAAAUAUAUUUGUACUUUUUCACAAAGAAAAAUGUUGUCGCAAUAAUGUUCUGUGUUUGACUAUUUAUCAUAGCAUGUCUGCAAAACAAUUCAGUUUUGAAAAAUGUAUUUUGUUGCUAAAAUCUGAAGUAAUGAACACAAUUUAAUGUAGCAGUUUAAGACUUAUUUCUCUUUUAGUUUGUCACGUGUCAGUUUAGUUUCCACUAUAGACUGUAUAUAAAGAUGGACAACAUGUCUCCAUUUCCUCCCACAAUCCAGAAAUUAAGCUAAAUUACAGUAUAUUUGACUACGUUUUUUAUAUUAUCAAAUAACUAAUCAAAUCAAAAGUAAUUAGAAAAAUUAACAUGUGGACAAACAUCAGUAUGGAAAGAGCAACCUAAAAUAACAGAAACCAUCACAAAAAUGUAUUUGCUGGUCCCACCCAUUAACAUGGAGGAGGUGGUAUUUAUGGUCUAUACUGCAGCUAGCUACCAGGGGGAAAUCCAGACACUUUGGCCUCACUUUUGGGGACAUGUCGUCCAUCGUUACAGUCUAUGUUUUCCACCUAAACAUUGAAAUUUAACUGUAUUGGCAUUCCAUUUUACCUGGCCUUAAAACAAUCAGUCAUGAUGCAUUGUUCUGUGUGAUUUCCCACAAAUACUUAUAUAUAACUUAACGGUUAAAAGAAGUGUGUGACUUUGAAAAUCUUCAACUAAGCGACCUUUCCACAAUUUCAGACUUUAUCUCAGGUCAAAGGAAAAUGUGAGUGGAAAUGAUUCGUUUUUGAUGUCAGCACACUGUACGCUGCAUGUUCCUGCUUUUUUCAGUUUCACCUCAUUCUGCUCUCUGUUUUACUGUUUUCUUUGUUUGCAAAGAAUUGUAUCCUGUCUUACACAACUGCACAUUUCUGCACAUGUUACCGUACAUUAGUUUCUGUCUAGGCUAAAAGCAUCACCAAAGCAAAA